CCCAGAUCCAACCAAACAUUCUGUAGCGUUUCACUUUUCUCCCCGUUUAGGGUUUUAGAAGUAAACCUAACAAAACAACUCCAGUUACACAUUCUGCCAAUUUUCCUCGCGGCGAUUCAAGAUCUUCGAAAUGGCUAGAAUCAAGGUGUAUGAACUCAGGCAAAAAACAAAAGCAGAUCUUCUAAAUCAAUUGAAGGAUCUCAAAGCAGAACUCGCUCUUCUCCGCGUCGCCAAGGUCACUGGUGGAGCCCCAAAUAAGCUCUCCAAAAUAAAAGUUGUUCGGCUUUCAAUAGCUCAGGUUUUGACUGUGAUUUCACAGAAGCAAAAGUCUGCGUUGAGGGAAGCUUAUAAGAAGAAGAAAUACUUGCCUUUGGAUUUGCGUCCUAAGAAGACAAGAGCUAUUAGAAGACGUCUCACCAAGAAUCAGCAAUCUUUGAAGACAGAGCGUGAGAAGAAGAAAGAAAUCUAUUUCCCAUUGAGGAAAUAUGCAAUUAAGGUGUAAUGUUGCUGUUGUUGCAUGACUUCUAAUUUGUUGUUGACGUUUUUAAAAGUAUUUGGUGUUGGGUUCAGUUUUUCUUUCAUCAUGAAAUGGAAUUUUUACACUUAA